CCCAUGUCAAUCCCAACAAUGACAGUGACAACGUAAAAAUUGCAGUAAAAUGAACAUCCAAAAUUUCGUCAAACAAAAAUUCCAAAACAUAAACUCCACACAGCCCUACUCCUCAAAAAAGAGCUUCCAAAAGGCAGUCCAGGUAUGCGUCCUUGGAGGUCAUACGCCGCUAGGCAGGUUCACCAGUUUUCUGCUGAAGCAAAAUCCAGUUUUGUCGCUGCUUAGGAUCCAAGGCGAAAAGGGCGUUGAUGAGAUGGGCAUGGAAUUAAACUCCAUCGAUACUAAAUGCAAAGUAAAGACAUUUGAGGGCAAUGAGGGUGUUCCCAAUUCUAUGAAGAGCGCUGACAUAGUACUCAUCCUUGGUGCCAAGAACCUAAACGAAGACACUUCCUUAGCAGACCGCGUUCUAGAAGAAGGUAAAAGGGUCUACGAUAUCGCGAAGGAAUGUUCAAAGUUCUCCCCUAGAGCUCUGAUUAUCGUAGCUGUACCUCCAGUGUCAGUAUUUACACCAGUAGUUACUGAAGUCUUUCGACAAACUGAUUGGUACCAUCCUGGGAGGAUUGUUGGUUCAGCAGCUCUGGCACAGAUUAAAGCUAACACGCUCUUGGCGCGAAACCAAGAUAUGGAUCCACACAUCUGUACCGUACCAAUUGUUGGAGGACCAGACAUAGACGUUGCGCUACCACUUUUUAGUAGAGCGAUACCUGUAGAGCUCUCCGACAGAGACGCUCAACCGUUAUUGGCCCAAUUUCGCGGCGUUAGGGCAGACGAAUUCCCAGACAAAAAAGCCUUCGUAGAAAACUUCAAGGAAAACGCACCGAUGUCCGAAGCAUUCGCUCUAAAUAACAUGAUCAACAGAAUCGGUCGAGGUAUCUGUGGGGACGACAAAGCUUACUACAAUUGCUUUGCUAGGACUAACGUUCUCAGGUCCGCAUGCAAGUACCUUGUGACCACACUACAGUUCUCUAGAGGAGGAGUCGUACACAAUUACGGCCUACCUCAGCUAACUGCUUUGGAGUCGGAUCUUAUGCAAAGAGCUGCCCUGCAAAUCAAAGACCGAGAGCAGAUUGCCAAAGACUUCAUCAACUACGUGGAGGUUGGGAGGGAUGACCCACCACCCUUCAAGGUGAAGGAGAUAGCCAAGACCAAACUUUUGCAACAAACUUUCAUUAGGGGAUAGAGAUUUUUGUUGUCGGUGCAGAUCUGUUACACUAAACUUCUAAUAAAUUGGACGUGAU